AUUAGUAUCUAAGAUUAAAAUGCCAAGCUCAAAUUUAUAUGCUAUUAAUAAUGAAGGCAGAGUAUUUUCACUUUCAACUAAUGGCACCAUGUGGAAAGAAUUCAUGUAUUUAGGUCUUGAAUUUAAACAACUAUCGGCAGUCCCUCAUUUUAUGUGGGCUAUUGGCGGAGAUCGCCAAGCUUAUGUUCAUGUUCAUGGAUUAGAUAUACCAAUAAGAAUUAAAGAAGAAACAUAUGAGAAUGAGCGCUGGUUACCUUUAGAAGGAUUUAGUGGAAGACUCCUACCAACGGAUAGAUAUCAUUUUUCUAAUCAAGAUGGUUCGGUUGAUCGAAGUCGUGAUAAAGUGAAAUUACCAUCAAUGGCAUGGCAGUGGGAAGGAGACUGGCAUAUUGAAACAACUUUAGAUGGUCAACCUCUGGAUCAUGAUGGCUGGACCUAUGCUAUUGAUUUUGUAGCUACUUAUAGUACAACAAAACAAUGGAAAUCCUGUGUUAGAAGACGAAAAUGGGUUCGUUAUCGACGAUACAGUGCCAUGAAUUCUUGGUGUGCCAUUGCUCCUCUUCACAAGGAUGCAACAAAAGAACCUUUUAUAGAUGUUUCUGUCGGGGGGAAUCAAAUGCCUGGUGGAAAUCCAGGAGAACUCAUAGUUUGGGCAGUAACUGCAUAUGGAAGGGUGAUGUUCAGAGUUGGUGUUAGUACAACAUCUCCAGAAGGACAACGUUGGAGUGCAAUUAAAAUGCCAGCAGGAAAUGAAGCAUCUCAAAUUAGUGUUGGAGUAACAGGUCUUGUGUGGUUAGUAUUAUUAAAUGGCAAAGCAUUAAUACGAACUGGAGUUACUAGAGAGAACCCAAUGGGCGAUAAAUGGGUAGAAGUAGAACCACCACAAUCAAACUUACGUUUAACUCAAAUUAGUGUUGGAUUGGAUGCUGUUUGGGCUAUGACACACGAAGGAAGCGUUUGGUUUCGUAAAGGUAUUAAAGGAGAAAUGGCUGGAUUAUGUGAACAGUUAGCUGUUGGAACUGGUUGGGUAGAAAUGUCUACUAAAAUGAUUUUGGUCUCUGUAGCUUCAAAUGAUCAGGUUUGGGCUAUUGGAUAUGAGGAUAGAUGCUUAUAUUAUCGCAGUGGCAUAACUCGUUCGGAAUUAACAGGGAAGAAAUGGAAACUCAUAAAUGUGCCGUUUCAGCUAAGCAGAGCAAGUAGUAAUGCAAGUUUAUCAUCUAGCAAUAGACAUAGUAUUUGUGGUACUCCACUACAACAGCGACAGCAGGCAUAUGGCUCUUUACAAAAUCAGCGACCUGUUAGUACUAAUGAAGUUUUAAUUAAAGAAUGGGAGGAACAAUCUAGAUCGGCACCCACACCAACAUCGUUAAAACUUUUUCAAAAGAAUAGCGAUGUACUCGAAAACGAUGCACAGAAAUCUGCGAACAACGAAAUUUCUCAAAAUGAUAGCGCCGGUUCAUCAGGUUCUUUAGAAACAAGUGAAUUAAAUGAAAAUAGUGUGGCAAAUAUAACAAUAUCUAAUGAAGCUUUGAAUAAAAGUGGAGAGUCGAUAAUUAUUUCUGGAAAAGGAAUGAGCAGCACAAUUAAAGUUAAUCCGGGAUCAUGGAGUCCAGUUCAUUCAGUUGGUUCAAUGGUUGGUGCUGAAGCUCAUCCUGAAACUGAUGAAAGUAUAUUUGAUCCAGAUUUCACUGGAGAUUCAGGGGUAUUUGGAGAAGAUGAAAGUGCUACUGCUAUUUAUUGGGCUGAAUGUGAUAUGCUCUGGUGCAAAGUUGAAGCUGGUGCAUGUUUAGUAGAUCCAUAUAAUCCACCAAAAUGGGUGAUCGAAGGGAAUGGUUCAUCUCAUACUAAAAUAGCUGAAUCAUGGAGAAUAGAUAUUUUAAAUGAAUUAAAAAAUAGACUCAAAGGACUUGAUUUCGAUAUUUCAUUAUAUGAAAAAGCGAUUGAAAAAUCAUCUUGGGUAAAAAAUGGCGAGGCUAAGUGUAAAUUAAAAGGAUUGUCCGCUUAUGAAGAUUGUAUCGUUGAAUUGGAAUGGAUAAGCAGUGAUAGUGGAUCCUGUGAUUACGGUACUUUAACAAUAUUAAAUGCUGAUGGAGUAACAACUUUAGUACAAUUUUCUAUAUCAGAAGUGACGUGUAUCCAUUGCUGCAGUGAACCAGGUAAUCCUCGUUUAGCUAUCCAUACACCUCUGUUAAAUAAAUUAAAAAUAUUGAGGCUGCAAUUUGGUAGUGACACAGAAUUAGAAGAUUGGAUAGCACAUCUUACAUCAGUAUCAUGUAAAAUAAAUAACGCGUAUGGACAACCAAGUUCAAAAGCUAUUUGGGCAACAACAGCACUUGGAGAUGUUUUUGUAUACGAUCCUAUGUUAACCGAGGAAAGUCAUUACUUGCAAAAUCUUUAUACUCAAGAUUUGAAUGUUGUUGGCACAAAUUUACCAUUUGAAAGUGUUUUACAAAAUGGUUUUGAAUCUGGAAGUUCUUUAAAUAUAUCAGUAUGCAUUCAUGACGAUGCUGAUAGGAUAUCAUUUAAUCUUGUUUGUCAUUACACUACAAUAAAUAAAAAUAAGCAGAGCACAGAAAGCAAUGGCGUAGCUUUUCAUUUUAAUCCACGCUUAAACGAAAAUGUAAUAAUAAGAAAUACAUAUGAAAAUAAUCAAUGGGGUGCUGAAGAGAGAAGUGGAGAAAGUCCACUUAAAGCUGGCGCAAAUUUUUCAUUGUUAAUAAAUUGUGAAGAUCGUGGAUAUAGAGUUUUUAUUAAUAACGUCGAAUUUACAUAUUUUUGUCACAGAAUACCUCCUCAGAACAUUACACAUUUACGUAUUAAAGGCAAAAUGACAUUAUCUAGUGUGCUUUAUAAAUCCAAGUCUAUAAUUAUUGAACCAAAAUCAAUGUUUUGGAGACAAAUAGGUGGGCAUUUAAAAAAAGUAGAAGUUUGUAACUCAAAUGUUACAUGGGGCAUUGGCUAUGAUAAUACAGCUUGGGUGUAUACUGGUGGUUGGGGUGGACUGUUUUUAAAAGGCUUAGACUUUAAUAACGCUGGAGUUAACACAAUGAUCGAUACACAUAAUUAUUUUGUUUAUGAAAAUCAGCGUUGGAAUCCAGUAACCGGAUAUACAUCUCACGGCUUACCAACAGACAGAUAUAUGUGGAGUGACGCAUCUGGUCGACACAAACGUACUCGAGAAAAUACAAAAUUACUUUCUUGUCACUGGCAAUGGGUUUCUGAAUGGAUAUUAGAUUUUCAUACACCUGGUGGAGUAGAUCGCGAUGGUUGGCAAUAUGCAACUGAUUUUCCAUGUCAAUAUCAUGGAAAAAAGCAAUUUACAGAUUAUGUCAGAAGACGACGUUGGUUUAGACGAUGUCAAUUGAUAACUAAUGGUCCCUGGCAAGAAUUAGGAAAUACGAAAUUAGUUGAUGUUUCUUUAUAUGCUUCAGAGGAUACGGAUUCAGAUUCACCUAUUCAUGUUUGGGCUGUAGCUUUAAAUGGCGAAGCAUUAUUUCGACGAGGUGUUUCCGAAACUUGUUCGACGGGCGUCUCUUGGGAACAUAUACCUAGCGAUCAAGCUUUAGUGAGUAUAUCAAUUGGACCAAACGGACAAGUUUGGGCAGUUGGUAAAAAUGGAUCAUCGUACUGGAGAUUUGGAAUUACGAAAGAAAAACCUACAGGAGAAUAUUGGGAAAAUGUCGAACCACCAUCUGGAUCGCAUUUAAAACAAAUUGCUGUUGGUAUAAAUAUCGUGUGGGCUUUGGAUACUUUAGGAAGAUUAUCGGUUCGACGUGAAAUAAUUCCAAAAUUAUUUCCUGAAGGCACUUAUUGGCAAACUUUGCCAACCCUGAUAAACGAUCCGAUUCAUAUAGAUUUAUCCAUAACAAAUGCUAAGCAAGCGUUUCGUUAUAUUUCUGUUGGCCAUAUACCAAAUCAAGUUUGGGCAAUAUCAGGAGCUGGAAUUCUUUGCAGAAGAGUUGGUAUUACCGAUGAAAACCCAACUGGUUUUGGUUGGACUACUGGUAUAGGGGCAAACUGGCAAUCUGUGAACAUCCGAAGUCUUACAAAUAAAAUGAAGUAGAUGUAAAUGAAGUCACGUAUUUACAUUAUUAUCAUUUAU